CUCCGGUUAGCUUGACGGUGGUGGAAGUGCGUGACUGUAUUGGCGAUUACGGAAAUAACUUGCUUAGCCAGAAUCAAAUAAAUAAAGGAUUAUUUUCGAGUCACCAUCUGUGUAAGCCUGUAACACUGUCCACAAUGUCCAGGCAAUCCAACCGAACGACAGACAGCAAGAAGAUGAACUCUGAGCUGUUCACCUUGACGUAUGGAGCUCUGGUCACCCAGCUCUGUAAAGACUAUGAGAAUGAUGAGGAGGUCAAUAAACAGCUGGACAAGAUGGGUUAUAACAUCGGAGUGCGUCUGAUUGAGGACUUCCUGGCACGGUCCAGCAUCGGCAGGUGUCAGGAUUUCCGAGAAACAGCCGAUGUCAUUGCUAAGGUUGCCUUUAAGAUGUACCUGGGAAUCACCCCCAGCGUGACCAACUGGAGCCCUGCAGGAGAUGAAUUCUCCCUCAUCCUAGAAAGUAACCCUCUGGUAGACUUUGUGGAGCUGCCAGAUAACCACAGCACACUCAUCUACUCCAACCUGCUGUGUGGGGUCCUCAGAGGAGCCCUGGAAAUGGUCCAGAUGGCGGUGGAUGUGAAAUUUGUCCAGGACACUCUCAGAGGAGACAAUGUGACAGAAAUCCGCAUGAAGUUCAUUAAGAGGAUCGAAGAAAACGUUCCAGCUGGAGACGAGUGACGGUAACAAAACGAUGGCUUCCCUCAGUGUCUCUUUUGUCCCACAGGAGGAGGACUAACUUAUACAGAGAACAUUUUCACACCUUAUCAGUCUGAAGGGAUGAAGAACAGAGUUCACACCAUCAAAAUGAAUGUUAAAUCCUAACAGCCUGAAGGAUGUUUUCUUUCUUUGCAUUGGUAUGAACAUCAGAGGUUUGAUUAUUCACUAGAAAGGUUUUCAAGAAACAUCUCCCCGAUUCCUAAUAUUCUCAGCUCUUGUUACCUUUCCUGUCCUUGCUGUGGUAAGAAGAUGAUAGAAAUUUGAAGAGAUGAUUCAAGAGAAAAACACAUUCAUAACAUUUCCCUGCUGUCUUGAGUAAUUAAAGAAAUAAUCUGUUUCCUUGGCACUGAUCUGUGAUCAGGUUGAGGAAAAGAUCAUUUCUCUGGCCAUUUAUCUGUCACUAACCUAAGUUUGAAAAGACACUUUUUCUUCAGUUAAUGUUUAUGUCCUAUAUCUUCACAGACAUGUACUUUGCAUUUGCUCAUGUAUAGGCUUUUCUUUUUUUGGCACAAGGCAGGAAAGCCUUAUGCUGAAUUCUUACUGGUCUUGUAUUUUGUUUGUGUUUGUUUUGUUCUUUCUUUUUUUAAUGGAAUCAGAUUCUGUAUUGCUGCCAAUUGUCUGGCAUGUUAAUUUAUGUAAAUGAGUAUGUCAAGUAAAAGUGACAUAUUUGA